AUGGUAGCUAUCAAAAAUCCAAUCCUCCUCUGGGCUACAGUGGCCACCCUCGCCUCGGCUUACCCUGGUCAAGAGCAAGGGUGGCAAGGCUCUGGUGGAGUUGGCCAUCCUGGCGGUAUGAAUCACGGUGGUGACAACUCUGGUGGAAGUGGAAGCGGUUACGGAGGCCAAGAACAUGGAGGCGGCAUUCAAGGUGGACAGGGUCGUGGAGGUCAAGGAUAUGGCGGCCAAGUGUGGAAAGACCAUGAUGGCCCUCAAGAUGGAAGCAUGCAGGGUCACGGUGGCCAGGGUCAAGGUAACAACAAGGCCAACCAUGCUCGAGACGAAGAUUUCAUGCACAAGAAUGCAAACCCAGGAGACUGGUUCAAGAAGGGGCAUGACCACGACAAUCGCCCACGAGACUCGCAUUCCAGCGGACACGACGGCCAGCAUGAGCGCGGUGGAGAGAUAUCUGGCCCCGGCAGAGAACACCAAGGCCAUGGUUUCGGCAACGGCAACGGUCCUCGAGAUUUCCAACAUGGCGAACAUGGCGAGUACGCUCGACAUGGCCAAGACCACGGAGACCACGGGGGUCAUGAGGGUGGCUUCCCCCGUCAUGUCCGUACGCGUGCCACCGAGGUCGGCGUGUAUGAGUGUAGCCAUCAAAAUUGGGUCAUGCCCUGCAAAUGGACUCCUCUGAGGGACGGGCAGUGCUACAACCGGAUUUACGACUCCAACGGGUCUAUGGGUCCCGAUAAGGGCCUGACAUGCACCGUGUACGAACAAAAGAACUGCAACGACAAUGGCUGGAAUACUGCUCCCGGUUGGAAGUACCCCGGAACCGCCAACUAUCACACCUCUCAGUUCUUGGAAGACCACGGCAUGCUAGGAAACGGUAUCAUCAGCAUCAAGUGCAAAAGGGGUUAA